AUGUUGAUUUUGAACCAAAAAGAGAAUUUUGCAAAUUCCUCUAAUAUAUUUUUUAAAGGAUGUAAUAAAAAUAAUGUUAGAUUUGGUAAGUGGGAUUAUAUAGUUAAAGGGGAAUCUAUGUAAAUAUUUUCUAAAAUAAUUAGGUUUGGAGGAAAUUAUAAUGAGAGAGGUUAAAAAGAUGGAAAAUGGAUUGAACCAGAUUUGGAUAAUGAGGAAAAGUAAAAUUAAAUGAUUAAAAGCAAAAGUUAUAUUACAUUUUAAGGAGAAUAUAGAGCAGAUAUUAAAAUAGGAAUAUGGAAUACCUUUAUUAGACGAGAUUUAAUGUAACAAAUUAAUUAAUAAUAGUGGAGGAGGAUUUUAUAAUGAAAAAGGAAGAAAACAUGGGAUGUGGAUAGAACAUCAAAAGAAAACAGCUUUUAAGUAUAGAUAAUGAUAAUCAGUUUCCUAUUAUUGUACAAAGGUAAAUAUGAAGAAGGUAAAAAAGUAAAUUAAUGGGAAUGGAGUUUAGAUUCAGAAGUGAUGUAAUUUGAUGUUAAUUUAUAUAUAGUGGUCAAGGUAAAUACAAAAAUAAUGGUGAAAAAAAUUAAUUUUGGAUAGAAUUAAAUGAAAAUUAUUCAAGAUUGUAUAUAUUAUUCAUAUUAUAAGAUGUAAUCUUAAAUCCUAAGGAUCUUAUAAAAAUGGAAUGAGAAUAGGAGAUUGGAAAAUAGUUGAUGAUGAUAAAGUUAUGUAAUUUUCUUAAUUUAUUUGAUUAGUGGAGGAGGAAGAUAUUCUGGUGAAUUCAAAAAAAUUGGGAUUUGGAAAGAACCAUUUGGAAAUUAUAAUAUAUUGUAAAUUUAAUAUUUUUAUUUAGGGAGCCUGCAUUAUUUGAGGGAAAUUAUCAGAAUGAUAUUAGAGUGGAUUAAUGGAAGAUUAUUCUAAACGAAAUGAUAAUGUAAAAAAAAUUAAUUAGAAUAAGUGGGGGAGGAAAUUAUGAUAAAAAUGGGUAAAAGUAAGGAGAUUGGAUGGAUGUGAGAAUGAUUAAUAUUUAUAAGUAUAAUUUUGAAUUGAUGGGAGAUAUUUAACAAUGAGAGGAUAAUAUUAUUAAGGUUUAAGAAUAUUAAAAUGGAAUUAUAAGAUGAAUGAUUUAUCAUUGUAAUACUGAUUUUAUAUUUCAAUAUAAUUAGUUAAGGUAUGUAUAAUGAUAAUGGAGAAAAGAUGGAUUAUUGGAUAGAUUUUGAUGAAAAAUAUAAUGAAAAGUAUUAAAAGUGAUAUUUAAAAGUGAUAUAAUACUGACAGGCAAAUAUAAAUAUGGAAUAAGAAUUGGAGUGUGGAAGUUACAAUAAAAUAAUAAAAUCAUGUAUACAAAAAGCAAUAAAUUUUGAAGUGGUCAUGGUCUUUAUAAUGAAGAAGGUAAAAAAUUUGGACUUUGGAAAGAGUUGCAUCCAAAUUAUUCAGAAAUGUAAGUAUUAAAUAAAAGGUAGGUGUCAAUUGAUAAUGAAAGGGGAAUAUAAAAAUGGUAUAAAAAUUGGAUAUUGGUAAAUUCUAACUUAAAAUUAGAAUAAACUAAUGUAAUUUUAUAUAAUAUCAAUAGUGGUGGUGGUUCAUUUAAUAUAUAAGGUGAAUAAUUUGGAAAAUGGAUAGAACUUCAUAAAUAAUAUUCAAAAUAGUUAUUUACUUAUUUUUUAGUAUAGUCGUUAAGUUGUGAGUAUAGGAUAUUAUGAGAAUGGAAUAAGAAUUGGAGGAUGGGAAGAUAUUUAUAUGAAUAAAAUAAUGUAUUUAUUAAUUGAAAAUGAUAGAAAUUAUCAUUAUUACGAUAGGGAUGGAAUACGUAGAAGGAUUGAGAUAAAACAAUGAAAUAUAUUAGAUGAGUGG